AUGGCUUCGCUGAUCCCGCAAAGGGCGAUACAGGUAGUGAGGUUUCGUGGAACGAGCGGUCCGGAUGAGCUCGCCGAUUCUGCUUCAAACACCCCUAAGCCUAUCGGUCUUAUCUCAGCCAACCUCCGAUCGGGCAUCAGUCUGAUGAUCGGCUCUGGUAUCUUCUCCACGCCAGCUUCGAUUCUGCGCCUGGUAGGCACGCCUAGCAUGGCCCUCAUUCUGUGGAUCCUUGGUGGCAUUAUCUCAUAUGGAGGAGCAAUGGCCUUCAUUGAGCUUGGGCUAAUGUACCGCAAGAACGGUGGCACCAUGCGGUUCCUAGGCCACAUGCGUUCCCAAAGCCGACGGCGCUAUUUGGGUACCUGUUUCGCGUGGGUCAUGAUUGUGUGCAUCCGGCCCGGCGCUAUUGCUGCAAACGGCCCGGUUAUCGGCAAGUACUGGCUAUAUGCUGCUGGCGAGGAUCACAACACUGGCUGGAACGCGCGCGGUGUCGGCUGGGGAUGCAUCACCUUCGUUACUGCGCUCAACAUCUUCUCAGGCCAAGUGGUCGCUGCGGCUGAUCAGCCUGUUAUCAGUCGUCAAGAUCAUUGUUCUUCUCAUCAUCAUCAUCACUGGUAUCGAUCGCUGCUGCUGGAGGCAUCGAUAUCGAAAAGAACGACAACUGGUCUCGCGGGUUCCGGUGUUCUGGGCCUACGAUGGAUUUACGAACCUUGGUAUACUCACUCGGUCGAAGCUGCGCUAAACCUGAGCGCAAUCCUGCCGUGGUCCAUUGGUGGUGCUGUUGGGAUCGUCUCGUUCCUGUAUAUAAUGGCCAAUGUCGCUUUUUUCUUCGUCGUGCCGAUUAAUGUGGCUAUCAGUAGCGAAGAGAUCUUGGCCGCUGAGUUCACAUAUCGCGUGUUCGGAGACAACGUUGGACGUAUUGCGCUACCAGUGUUCAUUGGGUUGUCGGUUCUUGGUGCUAUCGCCUCGCAAACCUAUGGUGUAUCACGCCUUCUGGACUCAGCCAACGAGGUCGGGUUCAUUCCAUAUGGCCGCAAGAUCUGCGGCAACAACAAGCGCACAGGCACUCCGAUCGCAUCGCUGGUUAUCAUUGGAGCACAUGGCUGUUCUACGGCCUUCGCUGCUGUGGGUGCGAUCGUCCUGCGGUUCAGGAUACCGCACCAUCCUCUGCGCACAUUCAAGUCGUUCCAUCCGCUCAACGGUCUGUUCAUUCUGUUCUGUGCCUUCAUCACGGUCAUGCCGUUUGUGCCACCUGAAGGUGGAGACAGCGGAGACCCGUACCCGUACUAUCUGUCACCGCUACUGGGUGCUCUCACCACACUGGCCGGAGUUGUCCCUUGGUACUUUAGGAUGUUCUGGUGGGCUGACAAGACCGGUGAAGACUACACUCAGUGGAUUGCUGAGGAAGAGAGAGGCUGA